AUGACUUCUAUUGAUGAUUCAAAGCGUUCUUUAGUGGUUAUGGCUGAUUCAAGAGUUCGCAAGAAUGCAACAGAACCAAUCAAAACAUACUCAUUCAUUCGUGGAAGUUAUGAUUCAACAUUAACUAGAACAGUGAAUGAUAUAUUAAAUGAUUUGAAUAUUAAGGUAAGAGUUGAACAGAAGAACGAAGAAAUAAAGACUAUCAUGAAUGAAAACAAAGAUGUAAACAUUGACGAUAAACUUGCCCAGAGCAUAGUCGAUGGUAUUAGUGAUUUUGAAGUACAUAAUGACGGUGGAAACAUGAAUUUAGAAAAAGAAAUAACAUUAUUCACACUGUUUCAAGCUAUUAAUUCGUUACCUAAUCAUUUGAUUAAUGAAGCAUACGAUAACGUUUAUAACUUCUGCAAUUUAACAGAAAAUGCAAAAAGUAAUUUUGAAAAAGCACGUAGUAGAUAUGCACAUUUAAUGACUUCUCCAUUUGUUUUGGUGAAGAUUCUAAAACUAUAUCAAAAGGAAUAUUAUGAUGAAUAUGUUUUACCUUUAUUACGUAAGCCAAAAAUAACAUUUGAUAUCAAACUUGAUGACUUGUUUUUGAUAACAGAUAUUAGACGCAAGGCUGAAAAUCAUCAGUAUAAAAACAGUUCUGAAGUAAUUGAGGAUUUAUCACGUGUAAUUCGUUUUGUAGAUUGUGGAAACAAAUAUUUCAUUCAGAAAGAUUACAACAUACACGACAAAAUGAAUCAAAUAUCAUUUGUUCUUCAGUCAAACAUGAAAGAGUCACUUAAAAUGAUUAAAUUAUUUAAAGAAGAAGGUAAAACAAUAACAGCAUGGGAUGUACUACUAAAUCAAUUGUCUUCAUUAACCGUUAAGGGU